AUGAUGAUGGUGAUGCAGCCCGAGGGCCUGGGGGUCGGAGAGGGGCCCUACGCGGGCGGCGGGGGCGGAGAGUACAUGGAGCAGGAGGAGGACUGGGACCGGGACCUGCUGCUGGACCCCGCCUGGGAGAAGCAACAGCGCAAGACCUUCACCGCCUGGUGCAACUCUCACCUGCGCAAGGCCGGCACCCAGAUUGAGGACAUUGAGGAGGACUUCCGCAAUGGGCUCAAGCUCAUGCUGCUGCUGGAAGUCAUUUCAGGAGAGAGGCUGCCCAAGCCGGACAAGGGCAAGAUGCGCUUUCACAAAAUUGCCAACGUCAACAAGGCCCUGGACUUCAUCGCCAGCAAAGGGGUGAAGCUGGUCUCCAUCGGGGCUGAAGAGAUCGUGGACGGAAACCUGAAGAUGACCCUGGGCAUGAUCUGGACCAUCAUCCUCCGCUUUGCCAUCCAGGACAUCUCAGUGGAGGAAACCUCGGCCAAGGAAGGCCUGCUUCUGUGGUGUCAGCGCAAGACGGCGCCAUAUCGCAAUGUCAACGUGCAGAACUUCCACACCAGCUGGAAGGACGGCCUGGCCCUCUGUGCACUCAUCCACCGGCACCGCCCGGAGCUCAUCGACUAUGCCAAACUACGCAAGGAUGAUCCUAUCGGCAACCUAAACACAGCCUUCGAGGUAGCAGAGAAAUACCUGGACAUCCCCAAGAUGCUGGACGCAGAAGACAUCGUGAACACCCCAAAACCUGAUGAGAAGGCCAUCAUGACCUAUGUUUCCUGCUUCUACCAUGCCUUCGCUGGCGCUGAGCAGGCAGAGACAGCCGCCAACAGAAUCUGCAAGGUGCUGGCCGUGAACCAGGAGAAUGAGAAGCUGAUGGAGGAAUAUGAGAAGCUGGCCAGUGAGCUACUAGAGUGGAUCCGACGCACCGUGCCAUGGCUGGAGAGCCGUGUGAGUGAGCCCAGCAUGAGUGCCAUGCAGCGCAAGCUGGAGGACUUUCGGGGCUACCGGCGCCUGCACAAGCCACCCCGGGUGCAGGAGAAGUGCCAGCUGGAGAUCAACUUCAACACACUGCAGACCAAGCUGCGCCUCAGCAACCGACCGGCUUUUAUGCCCUCUGAGGGCAGGCUUGUCUCGGACAUCGCCAGUGCCUGGCGCGGCCUGGAGCAAGCCGAGAGGGGCUACGAGGACUGGCUGCUGUCUGAGAUUCGCCGCCUGCAGAGGCUGCAGCACCUGGCAGAGAAGUUCCAGCAGAAGGCGUCCUUGCACGAAGCCUGGACCCGGGGGAAGGAGGAGGCGCUGAGCCACCGCGACUACGAGUCGGCCUCGCUGCAGGAGGUGCGGGAGAUGCUGCGGCGCCACGACGCCUUCGAGAGCGACCUGGCGGCGCAUCAGGACCGCGUGGAGCACAUCGCGGCGCUUGCGCAGGAGCUCAAUGAGCUCGAUUACCACGACGCAGCAUCAGUGAACAGCCGCUGCCAGGCUAUCUGCGACCAGUGGGACAACCUGGGCACCCUGACCCAGAAGAGGCGGGAUGCGCUGGAGAGGAUGGAGAAGCUUCUGGAGACUGUCAACCAGUUGCAGCUGGAGUUCGCACGGAGGGCAGCGCCCUUCAACAACUGGCUGGACGGUGCCGUGGAGGAUCUGCAGGACGUGUGGCUGGUGCACUCGGUGGAGGAGACCCAGAGCCUGUUGUCCGCACAUGAACAGUUCAAGGCCACGCUGCCCGAGGCUGACCGGGAGCGAGGGGCCAUCAUGGGCAUCCAGGGUGAGAUCCAGAAGAUCUGCCAGACAUACGGGCUGCGGCCCAGCCUCACCAACCCCUACAUCACCCUGACCCCGCAGGAUAUCAGCAACAAGUGGGAAAUGGUCCGAAAGCUGGUGCCCAAUCGUGACCAGACGCUGCAGGAGGAGCUGGCCCGGCAGCAGGGGAAUGAGCGGCUCCGACGACAGUUUGCAGCCCAGGCCAAUGCUGUGGGGCCCUGGAUCCAGGGGAAGAUGGAGGAAGUGGGGCGCCUGGGGGCUGGCUUGCUGGGUUCCCUGGAGGAGCAGAUGGCAGGGCUCCGGCAGCAGGAGCAGAACAUCAUCAACUACAAAAGCAACAUGGACCGGCUGGAGGGCGAGCACCAGCAACUGCAGGAAAACCUGGUGUUUGACAACCAGCACACGGCCUACAGCAUGGAGCACUUGCGUGUGGGCUGGGAGCAGCUGCUCACUUCCAUCGCCCGCACCAUCAACGAAGUGGAGAACCAGGUGCUGACCCGAGAUGCCAAAGGCCUGAGCCAGGAGCAGCUCAAUGAAUUCCGAGCAUCCUUUAACCACUUUGACCGGAAACGAAAUGGAAUGAUGGAGCCUGAUGACUUCCGGGCCUGCCUUAUCUCCAUGGGCUACGACCUGGGGGAAGUGGAGUUUGCCCGCAUCAUGACCAUGCUGGACCCCAAUGCCACAGGAGUCGUGACCUUCCAGGCCUUCAUCGACUUUAUGACCCGAGAGACGGCUGAGACUGACACGGCGGAGCAGGUGGUGGCCUCCUUCAAGAUCCUGGCAGGAGACAAGAACUACAUCACCCCCGAAGAGCUGCGGCGUGAGCUCCCAGCCGAGCAAGCCGAGUACUGCAUUCGCCGCAUGACACCAUACAAGGGUGCAGGGGCGCCGGGAGGAGCUCUAGACUACGUGGCCUUCUCCAGUGCCCUCUAUGGAGAGAGUGACCUCUAA